AUGAAGACUGCCUUUCUACGCGAUCAGGCUCCAGACGACGAGAAAUGUCUGGUAUCUGGAGACCUGCUCACAGGGUUUGCCCGAAAUUGGUACAGCCGGUUGAGCCGAUCGACCCGUGAUGAUUGGAAGUCGUUGUCGGAAGGCUUCAUGGUCCGAUAUGGGGGAUAUGGAAUGUCAGCUGGAAGACAAUACUACCACGCGCGGAAGAGACCGAAUGAAACCCCGUUGGAAUACUUGGACCGGUUGAAUGUAGCAGGAAUGCGAGCAAAAGUGGCGUUCAGAGAUGGAUCGCCAGCAAGCCAACGUGAGCAUGUAGAACACUUCAUUGACACUUUGGAUGAUCGAAAGUUGGCGGAGCAACUGACCCUAUUGCGAGUGCAUGAUGCUAACGCGAUGGAAGUAGCUCUACGCGCUUAUCAGCGUAUGCCUUUUCGGCAGAAUAAGAAUCCGACUGACUCGAACAAGUACCGAUCGCGAUCGGCUACGACUCCAGCCCAAGCAUAUUCAAAGACACCACGGAUGGUGAAGGCCAUUCGUGCAGAAAGUGAGGAAAGCGACUCAGGCUCAAGUUCGGACGAUGCAGAUGAAGAAGAUUUUCGCCGUAAGGUUUGUGUGACGACUAUCACUGAUCAGGCUGCAGACCCAGGGGAUCAACGAGACAGAUCGCGAAAGACAGACCGAGAUGAUGAUCGCGAUCGGGGCGGAGUUGCGAAAGCCUGCACACACUGCGGCUCGAAAAGACAUGACAAUCGCGGAUGCUGGAAAAGAUUGACCUGUCAGAAGUGUGGCCGAAAAGGGCACCCCUCGGACAAAUGUCUACAUGUGUGUUCCGCUUGUGGGGAAGUUCACGAGAGCGGCCAAUGUCCCAUGGAAGAGUUUUACAACCUGAUCCGCAAGUGGUACGUCCCAACCAAGCACGCAGGACUACUACCGACCAAGGCAGAAGAGAUGUUAAACUAG